CGAGAUGUGUGUAAGUAACGCGAGAGUUUGGAGCGGGAGCCGGAAGUGGAGUGAAGAUGGAGAGUGUCGGUCUAAGUGCUAACAACAAACAGAAACAGAACCAAAUGUUGCCGAAUAAAAUGCGAGGCGAAUUCACCAGAAACCAGAGGAAGGACUCGGAGGGUUUAUCAGAAGCUCCUGACCUAGAGUUUGAGUAUUCAGAUGCCGAUAAAUGGACAGUUGAACUGUCAGAGUUGUACAGUUACACAGAGGGACCAGAGUUUCUACUCAACAGAAAAUGCUUCGAAGAAGAUUUCCACACUCAUAUGCCUGAUCAAAAAUGGACCGAACUGGAUUCGGUUCAGCACAGAGCUCAUGCCAUGCGUCUGCUGGACGGACUGGAUGUGAUCGGCAGAGAACGCCGCUUAAAAGUCGCCAGAGCCAUCCUGUACAUGGCUCAAGGUACAUUCGGUGAGUGUUCUUCAGAACUGGAGGUGCAGCACUGGAUGAGGUAUAAUGUGUUCCUGCUGCUGGAUGUGGGAGCGUUCACUGCACUAGUGGAGUUGCUUAACAUGGAGAUCGAUAACAGUGCUGCAUGCAGCAGUGCGGUCAGGAAACCUGCCAUUUCAUUGGCUGACAGCACUGACCUCAGGGUGUUGCUGAACAUCAUGUAUCUGAUGGUGGAGACCAUCCAGCGUGAAGAACCCACAGAUACUCCAGAGUGGAGAACCAUUAGAGAAACCUUCAAAUCUGAACUCGGUUCUCCUCUCUAUAACCACGAGCCCGUAUCCGUCAUGCUGUUCGGGAUGGUCACCAAGUUCUGCAGCGGCCACGCGCCCCAUUUCCCCAUGAAGAAAGUCCUGCUACUGCUAUGGAAGACCAUCCUGUUUACUCUUGGAGGGUUCGAGCAGCUGCAGUGCAGUAAAGUCAGUAAACGGGCAACACUGGGUCUCCCACCGCUGCCGGAGGACAGCAUUCGUGUGGUGCGGAGCAUGAGAGCCGCGUCCCCACCGGCGUCCGCCUCAGACCUCAUCGAGCAGCAACAGAGACGUGCCCGGAGAGAACACAAAGCUCUUAUAAAGCAGGACAAUCUGGACGCGUUUAACGAGAAGGACCCAUAUAAAGCUGAUGACGCUCGCGAGGACGAAGAGGAAAACGACGACAAUGACAACUCUCUGGAGGCGGAGCCUUUCCCGCUGGAGCGCGAUGAGGUCAUGCCGCCGCCCAUUCCGCAUCCUCCCUCUGAGAGGGUCUGUUUUCCCAAGGGUCUGCCGUGGGCUCCGAAAGUCAGGGAAAAGGAUAUUGAAAACUUCCUGGAAUCCAGCAGGAGUAAAUUCAUUGGCUACACGCUGGGAAAUGACACGGAUACAGUGGUUGGUUUGCCCAGACCUAUACAUGAAAGCAUCAAAACUCUCAAACAGCACAAAUAUGUGUCCAUCGCUGAGGUCCAGAUCUCUAAAGAAGAGGAGUAUCAGAAGACCCCGCUGUCUGGCGGUGAGGAGGAGCUGGAAUUGUGUGCCACAGAGCUCUUAUACCAGGGUAUUUUACCCAGUUUACCACAAUAUAUGAUUGCUCUGUUGAAGAUUCUCUUGGCUGCUGCUCCCACAUCUAAAGCCAAGACCGACUCCAUCAACAUCCUGGCGGACGUGCUGCCCGAGGAAAUGCCCACUACGGUUCUUCAGAGUAUGAAGUUGGGCGUAGAUGUGAAUCGCCAUAAAGAAAUCAUUGUCAAAGCCAUUUCAGCCAUAUUGCUUCUGCUGCUGAAACACUUCAAACUCAACCAUGUCUAUCAGUUUGAGUACAUGGCACAGCAUCUGGUGUUUGCCAACUGUAUCCCGCUGAUCCUGAAGUUCUUCAACCAGAACAUCAUGUCCUACAUCACUGCUAAAAACAGUAUCUCAGCUCUGGAUUUCCCACACUGCGUCAUUCAUGAGCUUCCAGAGCUCACCGCUGAGAGUCUGGAAGCUGGUGAUAAUAAUCAGUUCUGCUGGAGGAACUUGUUCUCCUGUAUUAAUCUGUUGCGCAUCCUUAAUAAACUUACCAAAUGGAAGCACUCCAGGACCAUGAUGUUGGUGGUGUUCAAAUCAGCUCCAAUCCUGAAGAGAGCACUGAAGGUCAAGCAGGCCAUGAUGCAGCUUUAUGUGCUCAAACUGCUCAAAGUCCAGACAAAGUAUCUGGGACGUCAGUGGAGGAAAAGCAACAUGAAAACCAUGUCAGCAAUAUACCAGAAAGUGCGCCAUCGCCUCAACGAUGACUGGGCUUACGGAAACGACUUGGACGCUCGCCCAUGGGAUUUCCAAGCAGAAGAAUGUGCCCUACGUGCCAACAUCGAACGGUUCAACAGCCGCCGCUACGAUAAGAACCAGAGCAACCCCGAAUUCCUCCCAGUGGACAACUGCCUGCAAAGCGUGCUGGGACAGCGGAUCGACCUUCCGGAAGACUUCCAAAUGAACUACGACCUCUGGCUGGAGCGUGAGGUCUUUUCCAAACCCAUUUCCUGGGAAGAACUCCUGCAGUGAACGCCUGUCAUGUGUUUCGGCGCCUCUUCACUACAGCGGUUGUGAAAAUAACCUUUACCAGAGUAAAACUCUGUCAACAACACUACGCUUACUAGAGUCCAGCAACAGGGACCAUUUCCUACGUGUCUGUUUGUGUAAUAUAAUGGCGCGUCUGUAGUAAACCUGCGAUUUUGACUCUUAGAAAGGGAACUUUGUUAGUCAGAGGUGCUAAGAGGUCAUUUUUAUGUUUAUUUUAUCAUUUCUGCUGCUUUUGAAUAUUAAUUAUAUGCAACUGAAUAUUAAACCUGAUGUUAUUGUGAAAGACUGUAAUUAUCCUGGAGUGUUUUGAUGUGUUUUUCAUUGUAUGGCUUUAUAUGUAAGUACUAAAUGCAAUACAAUCAUCUUCUUUAUUGA